GAUGCCGAAAAAUGAUAAAGAGAAUGGUUUCACAGAUAGAUAAGAUCAAUUCCGAGUAGCUGCCGUCAAAAUGAAUCAUUACUUCCUCCGUGAUGAAUUCUCACGUGCUAGCUCUGGUGUGCUGCUAUAACAUCGUCAUAUGUCCCGUUUUUGGUCUCUAAUCUUAUCAAAGCGGACAAAUUGCUUAUUAUUCUGCAAAUCUGAUUCGAGUGCGAAGCAAAAGCGUUGGUGUAUGAAGUAUAACUACUUGCUUAACUGCGGGAAUAUCGACACUUGAUUGAAUUAUAUAUACACACUAAUUCGUGCUGAAGGAAAUUAUCAUAAUGGCACUAUCAGUCCAUCUUCGUUCACAUUGCAAAUUGUUAGACGUGUGGGACAACUACGGAACCAGCACAAUAAUCGUAAUCACCCUGAAAAUCUUUACCAAUGCAGAUUUCGACAUAGGACUUGUUCUUUGAUUUAAUUUAACCCUCUCUCUACCAUGGUUACCAGUGGUGGGCACUGUUGGCGUACCCCUGCACAACGCGCCGUCGUAGAACAACAACACAGUCGGAGCCGUGCGCAUUUCCAAAGAAGUGACAGUGCUCGAUGUCAGUACGGUGAGUCGGCAAAGUUGGUCUUUCCUUCUUCAUCCAGCGAAACGAGCGAAAGCAAUUAUAACCUAAGUGAUUAAAAUAAGAAUUAGAACUAUAUAUACAGUACGGUUGGUUGUUCCUGUGAGUCAUAUUUUUUGGUAAAAUUUACAGUCAUACUCUUUGGUUGUUGAAAGUGCGGUCAACCAUAUACCACAUUCUGCGUGAGGAGUUAGGAUUAAAGUUCUGCUACUUAUAUACUACGUACGGAAAAGCUUAAAUUCUAUUAGUACGGAUAAAUUUCGAUGAGCUGGUGAUAGAACUAAGCGGAACUAAACGAAAAUAAUAAUCAUUCUAUUAAGUAAACGGUUCGUGUUUUAUUGGGAGAUUAUUAUUUCGGAAAAUUUCCCUUUUUUGAUCCCGUUGGUAUAACCAACAAAUUAUUAUUUUCGUUUAUAUACGAGAAAUCCAGUCAAGUACGGUAAUGUCGACUCGAAAUUUGAUGCUUAAACAAGCAAGUGACGAGAAUGCCAGGUGUGCCGUGGAGGAGAUACAGAUGAUAUGGUGAGCUGUGAUGUGUGCGAGAAAUGGUAUCACUUCGCGUGCGUUGGGGUAACGCAGGAAAUUGAGCAACAUCCCUGGAGCUGUACCAAAUGCGAAGUUGCAACCGGUGUCCAAAUGUCGAGCUCAAACGCCAAUAAACCUUAUUCGCAAACUAGUAGUCAACGCCAGAAGCAACAAGCAGCUGAAACCGAAUCUUCAGCAGACCUCCAACAAAAGAUAUCAAAACAGGGCGGGACAGCGAGACCAGCUGCAAUUGUUUCAUCAGUCGGUGAAAAAAAGCAAGAUAAAUCACACAAACAGCAGCAACAGCGCAAUCCUGUACCAUCUCAGUCUGGUUCAAUCUUCGAUAAAAAGCCGCACAAGAAACCGGCAUCGCUUGCAUCUGGAUCAUCUUGCCGAUCGACGCAGGCACUACUGAAGCUAAAGCUGCAGAAGCUGGAAGAAGAACAAGAACUCGAACGCCGACAGGCUGCAGAAAAAUCUGCCAAUGAGAAGGCAUUCCUAGCAAGGAAAUAUCAACUGCUUGAAGAGAUGGUGAAUGAAAAAAGUUCGAGUUCGGCCCGUAGCUACGUUAGUGAAUGGGUGGAUAAUCUCACAAGUUGUAAUGGUUCCCAACGAAGCGUUAGCGUCGCGAAAUCUGACGUACAGCGAGAUGUGCAACGACUGAAGCAACAAAUGAUUGCAGGGCCUCGUCACCACAGUAGUCUGGCACAUGUUCCCCAAGUGGACAAUUCAGCACAACGUUCACUUACACAUCAACAGCUAGCGUCGAGACAGGCAAUCUCCUCCGGGAACUUCCAACGUUUUCCGGCAAUCCUGAGGAUUGGCCUCUAUUCUUAUCAUCGUUCAACAGCACGACGGAAAUGUGUGGUCUUACAGAUUCAAAAGUGUUUGAGAGGGCGUGCAUACGACGCCGUUAAAUGUCGACUUAUGCAUCCGGCUAACGUCAAUGGUGUGAUGGCGACGCUGAAAAUGUUGUUUGGUCAACCGGAAGCUAUUAUACAUACGCUAAUUGCAAAAAUUAACUGUUUGCCCGCUUUGCGUGAAGAUAAAUUGGAAACCCUUGUGGAUUUUGCAGUAAGCAUUGAAAAUUUCUGCGCAACUGUCGAUGCCUGUGGAGUGGAAGAAUAUCUGUAGAAUGUAUCCUUGCUUCAUCAGUUGGUUAAUAAGCUGCCGCCGACAAUUAAACUAAAUUGGGCCCAGUAUAGGCAAACCUUACCAACAGUUAAUUUGGCUGCGUUUAGUCAUUGGUUGUACUCAGGGCCGGAUUUACGAUUGUGGGGGCCCGGGGCCCAGUUAUAGUGCGGGGCCCCAAAAUAAAACAAAACCAUUUUUUUAUCGUACGAGGUAAAAACAUUUAUUUGCUAUUGAAAAAUUACCAAAAAUUUGUUAGAAUUUUCUCUUAAGCCCUAUUUAGAGUU